UUGUUUAAGGAAGCGCUGCGGGAAGAAGACAUCUUCCAGAUUUCGCCGUCAGGGGCGGGGUUGCUGCUGCCCUGCGGUGCCCCCUCCGCCACGCCGCCCCCCUGCUGCAACUCCUAACCAGCCCGGGGCAAGUCGUGGAGAAGGGAUCAUGAAGCGCUCGGUGGCCGCCUGGCUCCUGGUCGGGCUCAGUCUCUGUGUCCCCCAGUUCUGCAAAGGCGACGUUUGCGAUCCCAACCCGUGUGCAAACGGAGGCGUCUGCCUGUCAGGCCUGUCUGCGGAUUCCUUCUCCUGUGAGUGCCCCGCCGGCUUCCCGGGGCCCAACUGCUCUCGCGCUGUGGAGGUUGCAUCGGAUGAAGAGGAGCCGACUUCAGCAGGUCCCUGCAUUCCUAACCCAUGCCAUAAUGGAGGAACUUGUGAAAUAAGUGAAGCGUAUCGAGGGGACACAUUCAUAGGUUAUGUUUGUAAAUGUCCCCGAGGAUAUAACGGGAUUCACUGUCAGCACAACAUAAAUGAAUGUGAAGCUGAGCCUUGCAAAAAUGGUGGAAUAUGUACAGACCUUGUUGCUAACUAUUCCUGUGAGUGCCCAGGUGAAUUCAUGGGAAGAAACUGUCAAUACAAAUGCUCGGGCCCAUUGGGAAUUGAAGGUGGAAUCAUAUCAAAUCAGCAAAUCACAGCUUCAUCUACCCACCGAGCUCUUUUUGGACUCCAGAAAUGGUAUCCCUACUACGCUCGCCUUAAUAAGAAGGGGCUUAUAAAUGCCUGGACAGCUGCAGAAAAUGACAGAUGGUCAUGGAUUCAGAUAAAUUUACAAAGAAAAAUGAGAGUUACUGGUGUUAUUACCCAAGGAGCCAAGAGGAUUGGAAGCCCAGAAUAUAUAAAAUCCUAUAAAAUUGCCUAUAGUAAUGAUGGAAAGACUUGGGCAAUGUACAAAGUGAAAGGCACCAAUGAAGACAUGGUGUUUCGUGGAAAUGUUGAUAACAACACACCUUAUGCUAACUCUUUCACUCCCCCCAUAAAAGCUCAGUAUGUAAGACUUUAUCCCCAAGUUUGUCGAAGACACUGUACUUUGAGAAUGGAACUUCUUGGAUGUGAACUAUCAGGCUGUUCUGAGCCUCUGGGGAUGAAAUCAGGACACAUACAAGACUAUCAGAUCACUGCCUCCAGCAUCUUCAGAACUCUCAAUAUGGACAUGUUCACUUGGGAGCCCAGGAAAGCUCGGCUGGACAAGCAGGGCAAAGUGAAUGCCUGGACCUCCGGCCACAAUGACCAGUCGCAAUGGUUACAGGUAGAUCUUCUAGUCCCUACCAAAGUGACUGGCAUCAUAACACAAGGCGCUAAAGAUUUUGGCCAUGUACAGUUUGUGGGCUCUUACAAGCUAGCUUACAGCAGUGAUGGGGAACACUGGACUGUAUACCAGGAUGAAAAGCAGAGAAAAGAUAAGGUUUUCCAGGGCAAUUUCGACAACGACACCCACAGGAAAAACGUCAUCGACCCCCCCAUCCACGCGCGGCACCUGCGGAUCCUGCCCUGGUCCUGGUACGGGCGCAUCACGCUGCGGGCCGAGCUGCUGGGCUGCGCGGAGGAGUGAGGCGCCCGGCCCGCGGCGCGGACUGUGCGCGACCCGCGGGGCCCACGGGGCUCGCCGUGGAGCAGUGCUCGGAUGACGGUGGGCCGGUAACUGUCUUUUUAAGGAGGUCUAAGCCUGCCUUUUCCAUGGUUUAAUUUCAUCUUUAUCAUUUCAGUUUCUUAAGCAACAUCACAUUAGUUGUGAAUUCCUUUUCUCAUGGUUUCCCGAAUGACUCACGCUGGUUGAACUAUAUGAGGGAGAGAAAGUAGCAAGGGUAAGUCAGUCUCAUAGGUAUCAAAUAAAAGCAAGAGUUGGUAGAACUUUAUAAUCUAUACCCAACCAGUUCCUAUAAAAGGAAUCCUACAGUGUUAGCAAUAAGUUUUUUCUUCUGUAGCGGCUCUACAUUGUUUCCCGUGCCUCCCAAACACUCUCGGUGUUUGUAACAGGAUUUUGAAGAAGAAUUUGUAACAUGCAGUACUCACUGAUACUAUAAUUCUCAUCUUACUUUUAUUAUUUCUAUCAGACACCAUGUGAUCUUUUUUCUUUUUGUUCUGCUUUAUAUCCUAUAUAUUGCCUGAAUAAGUUCAUACUUUUUCCAAUUGAGUUUUUCUCUUAUUUGCCUAAAAGAAGUAUCAUGUUUGUUUACAUAUGGAACAUGACUGAAAAUUAGUAGAAUGACCUUAUUAAUAUCAGUAGAUUGAAUCUGAAAUUCUACUUUGGAAGGAAGCUAUAAUUAUGUAAAUUCCAAAUACUUCCUUUAUAAAGAACCCAAUACUACCAUUUUGCAAGAUAAACAAGAAUAAAAUUGUAGUAUGUCCCUUUAAACCAAAAUUUCUAUCUUCAUUUUUAUGGUAUUUGUAUAGCCUUAUCUUUACUUUAACAUAAUAGAAUGAUGAAGGAUUUGUCUAUUUAAAAUUUUUUUUUAACAAACCAAUGUUAACAUAGUGCUGUGUAGCUUGGCCAAGCAUACUCAUGAUUUCUUUACUCAUCUCUGCACUUCCUGGGAAACCAGAAUUUCAUUAGGAUUUGAAACUGGUGGUGGUUUCCCAGGAAAGCACAUUGUGUAGUUAGUUAUUUGUGAGAAGAAAAGUACUUACUAAUGACAGAAUAGUAAACCAUUUUCAAGAUGAAAAUUGAUUUCUAUUUAUUUUGCUUCAAAGGUCCUGAAAAAAUAAGCAAUUAUCAUAACAAUUUGUUAUUGAUAAUGGAGGUUUCAUUGACAUAUCUCUCAAAUUAAAGCUCACACUGCCUCCAUAAAAGUCCUCAACAUCUAACUUAUAAGCUUUACAAUUAUUUAUUUUAUAAGGCUUAGACACCGAAUUAUUAGAGUUUUAAAUUAAGGGUCCUGGAAAAGAAAGUACAGUAUGUCUACGAAAUGCUGAGGUCCUGUGCAACACUGCAAAGUUUGUUUUUCUUUUACUAUUUGUGCUGCAUAACAAAAGCCACUAGAUUGUUACUGUCUUGUCUGUCCAUGUGUUAUUAGCAUUUCUUAAUGAUGUAUAUAUGGAGUGGUCUUCAAUUAUAGUAAAGAAUUUAAAGAGAAAGUCAAUCAUCAUGGUAUUUUUAAUAAGAGCAAAAUUAGAACUGUCUGGCCACAUAUUUGUCCUAAGCCCACAUGCUUUCUAGUUCAGGCUCUUAAUAUAAAAUUGUUGACUUGAAGCAUCUGAAAUGGUGAUCAGUUUUCAGCAUCUUUCAAAAACCAAAUUGCCAUGUCCUCAAUAUUGCCUUUUUAUGAUAACUUUAAAGUUAGGAAUUUAAAUAUUUUUAAUUUGCUAAAUUUUAAAGUCAUGUUGCAAAUAAUUAUUUAAGUCCAAACAUAUACACACACUUACUGCUAGCCAGUAGCCCUUCCUCCCUUAAGUUUUACACCAAAUUUUUAGCCGUUUUCCUUUGUAGAUAACACAUAACUCUUCAUUCUUAAUAGACUGUUUUAAAAAUUAUGAAUAAUUCUUUGUAAUGGUUUACUUUUUCAAAAUUAUUCAUGGCUUCUUAUGAUGCUUUGAAUUUUACCUUCUAUCAAUAGUUUUUUAAACAAAUAUUUUCAAAGGGAGUUUGUUAAAAUUAUAUUUGUUACCUUUUAGAAGUACAUUGAACUGACCUUCUAUUGCUUGUGCAUUUUCUCUCGGCUGUAAGUGUUCUUGGCCAACAUGGCACAAUGAAUGGGAUAUUUAUUUGUUCCAUGAUGCCCCAAAAUUCAAGACAAUAAAGAGAUUUUCACAUGUGGAAAUGUUAAUAAUUAUUGUGAGGAAGUAUGUAGCUUUUAUGUCACUUGCAUCUAAGUGACAUCUAAGUGAAGUCAAUUGACUCUAUUUAAAUUCACACUAAAACAAGUGAAAUCCUAUAAGCAAGAAUACGCAGAACUCUAGUCUUCAUCACAUUGAGUAACUAUAAUGUUAAUUUCAUAACCUAUCAAAUUAACAUUUUAAACAUCCUCAUUUAAUUUAUGUCUUAUUAAAAGCAUUUAUUAUAGUCACUAAGUCUAAUUUUAGGGUUGACUUUCUCUUUCUGAAUGACUUCAUAAGGACUGGUGUGAAUUUUGGGUACUAAUGAUUGUACCUUUGCUCGUCGACAAAUUAUGAAAUAUAAUACUGCUGGCGUCUGAUGUGUCAGUAAGUACAGAAAAAACUAAGACCCAAAUAACCUUUGCAAACAUUCAAGCUGUGUAAUAUUCCAAUGUUGUUGGUUUUUUUCUUUGUAUAUAUACUUAAAUCAUGUAGGAUGUUGUAAAAUCAGUAUGACCUUGUCUAGUCUUCAAACUUAAAAUAAAACUUUUGAAAAUCUGGGAUAAUUUUGAAGCAGUUGUAAUUAAACACAUUUGUAAGAAUA